CUGUGACAGGGACUUCCCGUCUGGGAUACGUGUGACGUGUAAAUCACUGUGCGCCACAUUUUAACCCUCUGCAAUUUGUACAGUGACGAGAGGCCGAAUCAGAGUGAAAUGGCUAUCUGCCCUCUAUUUUGAAUGGUGACCAGACGAGUGUAGUGAAACUUUUCAAACUCCGUACAGCGUCUGCGCUCGAGCCCGAGCUUUCAGGAUGGAGACUUAAAUGCUUUGCUGAGUGACCGGGCCACCCCUUUCCGGGUGGUUUAUGAAGUUUGUUUGGUCGCCGCCACGGUGUGCCAUGGGCACCGGCGCCAGCCGAGGCGAGGGUGGCGGUGGCGGCGUCUCCAGCGGCGGCGAUCUGCGCCUGCCCGGAGUCCAGCUGCGCUUCUCCAGGCCACAGCUGCGCGCCGCCGGGUGCCUGCUGGAGGACAUGUGCCGCCAGGACCCAGCGCACGGGGAGAGGCUGUCCUCCGGGGUGACGGUGCUGGUGGAGCGGCUGGUGCAGCGGCUGGUGGCGGGCGCCGGCAGUCUGGACCCGCGGUUCGCCGCUCGCUUCCUCGCCACCUUCGACACGGCCACGCAGCGAGCUCAGGGCGCGGGCCGCGGUCGCUGCGAGUACCUGGUGCGCCUGGACGCGCUGUCGUGGCCGCCGACAUACCCGCCGGGUGAAGAUGAGGAGGGGGAGGAAGGGUCGGAGGGGGAGGCGCAGGUGACGCCACCGUGCCGGCCGGAGGCGGGCGCCGCGACGCCCGCGGGCUUCGUGCGGCUGCGGCUGCAGGGCGCCGCGCGGCGCCGCUGGGCCGACCUCGCCAGCGCCGACGGCUUCCUGAGGAGGGACCGCGUGCAGGAGCGCUUCGUGGGGCUGCUGGCGCGCGCCGCCGCCAGGGGGCCGGAGCCGUCGCGGCCCGCCGCCGUCGACGAGUCGCGGCUCUGCGGCUGCCCCGGCAAGCUGGUGGACGUGGGCGCGCUGCACGCCCUAGUCGACACGCCGCCCCGCCAGCAGCUAUACUACGGCGCAGAGGACUGCAGUCAGAGUCGUUUCCCGGAGCCACGUGACUUCCGGAUCGCAAUCGUAGAGGGCGCGCCGGAGGUGCGGCUGCGCGUCGGCCUGGAGCAGCUGGGCCACGGCGCAUGCGCGGCCGAUGUGGAGGUACGGUUGCUGCUCGCCGUGGGAUUCCCUGGCUGGCCGGCCACGGCGGCGGCCGACGGCCGGGACUUCCCCCAUCGGGUCUCGCUGGCCCAUCCCGACUGCUUGGUCUAUCUGGAGGCCGCCACCACGGGCUUCUAUGCAGUGCCAGGCCCGCCGCACCCGUCACUACGAUGCGAGGAGCGCUCCACCGUGUGGCAGCUGCGGGUGCCAGCUGCGGAGCUGUCGCUCAGCUGCCACUACGCCCCACGCAGCGCCCCUGGCCGCGCCCUCGCAGCUGCAGAGGCCGUGCUGCGACACCUCAGGGCCAGGCUGCCGCACAUGUCGCUGCGCGUGGCCAGCCGGCCCAUGCUGCGCUGCCUGCUGCUGCGGCUGCUGGAGGCGGACGCCGGCGACUGGCCCCUGGGCGAGUGGCCGCGCGCGGCGCUGCGCCUGCUGGACGCUCUGGCCGGCGCGCUGGCGUCGCGGCGCCUGCCCUGCUUCUUCCUGCCCGGCCUGGACCUGCUGCUGCACGCGCCCUGGGCGGGGGGCGGCGCCGCCGCGGCCGCCCUGUGCGAGGAGGACUGCCAGCAGGACGCCGACGUGCUGCGCGCCUUCCUGCACCAGCUGCACGCCGAGGCGAGGCUGGCGGCUGCAGCGGACGACGCCGCGGACGGCGACUGCUCGUGGGAGGAGCGCGUGGAGGCGGUGCUGGUGCGCGGCUGGCUGUGGGUGCAGCGCUCUCUGGGGCCCCCGCCGCCCCGGCGCCGCCACGCCGCCGACCACUACUCGGCGCGCCAGCUGGACUACAUCGCGCUGCUGCUCAGGCACCUGCUGCGCGCCCACCAGCUGCUCGUCCACGCGGACGGCCGGCUGCCCGGAGAGCAGCGAGACUGCGGGGGGCAGGAGAGCGUGGCGGCGGGUGCCUGCGACCCGCGCGAGGAGCUGUCCUUCCUGGUGUGCACGGUGGCGCGGCAGGCCCGCCGGCUGGCCGGCGGCGCGGCGGACGAGGCGAGUCUGGGGGCGCUGGCGGAGCAGGUGCGCCGUCGCGACGCCGCGGGUGACCUGCGCGACGACGCCGUCAUGGUGCGCGAGGUGCUGCGCUGGCUGCACCGGGCGCAGCCAGAGUCCUCACUGCGGCCCUACCUGCAGCGGCUCUUCCUCACCUCCAGCCGCAACGCCUGGCUGCUGCCACAGUGGCGCCGCAGGUGUGCUGAGCUGGAACGACGCUCGCUCCGCACCUUCUGUGCACAGGCGGCGGGGGCGGCGCGCGCACUCUCCGCCGGCGUCACGGCGGGGCUUCCCCUGGUACUGGCGCCGACGCCCGGCCGCGUUCUGCGCCUGCGCGUCGCACUGCCGCCCUGCGCGGUCGACGUUGCCACCGUGGGCCGGACCGGACGCGCCGCAUCCGCCGCCGCCGCCUCCACAGCAGGAGAGCUGGGCUACGAGGAGGUGUGGCGCCUUCUGCAGCCGGGGGCCGGGCCGGUGGAGGCGGCGUGGUGGACGGCGGGGGCGAUGGGUGCAGCGGGGGCGGCGCCGCUGCACUGCCGGCUGCGCGAUGCCAGCGCCUUCUCGCGGCUGGAGGAGCGGCGCCGGCGCUACGGCUUCCAGCGCGGCCUCGGGGACCUGCUGCCCGCCCUGCUCGACCUGCGCAAGUUCUCGAUGCCCGUAUCAUAUGCAGUGAAGCCGAACCGAAACCAGUCGCAAUAA